AUGGUGGACGAGAAUACCACCGCACCUCCUUCCGGGAGACCCGCUGCCGGUGUAAGCUCCGGCUUCAGCGCCCCGCCCUCCGGUCAUGGGCUCCGACGUGCCAUGACCGUAUCAGUCGCCGAGGACGCAGCAUCUGCAUCUCGACGUCCGCAAGUCUCAUCACCUGGUUUUGAUACGAUACCUCCGCGUCGCAGCUCAAAUUUCUCAGAGUACAGCUUCAAUGAAGCUCGAGAUUUCCUGAAUCCUCAACCACGAGAUCCUAGCAAUGCCGGGUCUUCUUCAGCAGAGGAAUCGUCAUCUUUGCCGUCUCUGUCUCUAGCGUUUGCUUUUCUUCCAGCCAUAUCAGGUCUUCUUUUCAAGAACGGGAGUGCUGUUGUGACGGACUUCAUGCUUCUGGGUCUGGCUGGUGUUUUCCUCAACUGGUCCGUAACACAGCCAUGGGCAUGGUAUCACUCAGCGCAGCAAGUACGGAUACAACACGAAGUGCUAGCAGAUAGUGUUAUCGACGACGACAGCGAUCUUGACUCCAGUACUCAUGGACCAGGGCCUAACUCACCCCUGGACCACGUCCCAGAGGAUGAAGAAGUGCACGCCGAGCGGACGGAGGAGAUACAGGAAAGAGAACCGACUAAACAGCAGCGAGAUGCGCUCUCAGAAUUAUACUUUUACGAAAUCACAGCACUUGCCUCAUGCUUUCUCCUCCCACUUUUAGGAGCAUACCUCUUACAUGCCAUACGAUCUCAGCUAAGCCGGCCUUCAGAAGGGCUGGUCUCUAACUACAACUUGACAAUUUUCCUCUUGAUGGCCGAGUUUCGUGUUCUGUCGCAUAUGAUAAAACUGGUCCAGUCGCGAACGCUUCACCUACAGCGGGUGGUACAAGGAGGGCCUUCCAAAUUCCAGCAAGUCAACAAGAACACGGAGCAACUAGAGGGCGUCCUUUCGCGCCUAGAACAAUUGGAGUCUCGCAUUACCACUGAGGAAACGAAUUCUGUUCAAGAGAUAAAACAGGAGAUCAACAAAACGAAGCAGAAGGACAGUGUCGUGGCACGCGACGUGCGUAACGCCAUUCAACCCGAGCUCGACGCACUCAACAGGGCUGUGCGUCGUUACGAGAAGAAGGCAACGCUUCUCCAGAUCCAGACGGAGUCGCGAUUCUCCGGGUUGGAAGCAAGACUGGAUGAUGCUAUUGCCCUUGCUGCAAGUGCUGCAAAGAAUAGUGCAUCACACAAGAAUGUGUUCGUAUGGGCGAUUGAAUAUCUCACCGCCGGACUACUACUUCCAUUCAGAGCCCUUCUACGAAUAAUGUUGCUUCCUCUAAGCACACUACUAGCAUUGAUGAGCAAGGGGAAAAAGAGAACCCCCCCAGCUAAGUCGUCACGAAGCAGCCGCAAUGGCAAGACAGUUGCACAACCUAGAUACAAUGGUGACCGCGUGCCUUCCAGAGUGGCCAAGCGAUGA